AAGGCAGUUAUCACUUAUGUCAGCAGGAAAUGUAAAGCAGAGUCAGUAACGGUGUGCACAAUGUCAGAAAUAAGAUGGAUUUUGUAAAGAGGACCAAGAGUUGUUUAUAAGACUAAAACAUAUUUGUCCUAAAGGUAAACCAACAGACAAAAAAACUAGUUUUGGAACAAAAACCUCAAACUCUUCUUUAGAAUCUGUACAGUGAGACCAAAUCAUACAUUGUGUAUUCGCAUUGUUUAGAGAAAAAAACAAAGACCCAACUGUCAAGUAAAGACUUGAAAGCAAUAGUGAAAUGUUACGAUUUAGUUUGUGAAUAGGGAAGAUUACUUGAGAGUCAAAGGACGAUAUUGCUAUACAUAAAAUUAUACCUCUCCAGCAAUCUGUUUUAGUAACAUGAGAAAAUCCUAAGCAGAGGAUGGAAGUAAACCAUGAAAAAAAAAAAAAAAAAAAAAACACACACACACACAAAUGAAGAAAUAGCCUGAAUACGUUCAAUUUUUGAACAUUUGAAAUAAUCUAUAAGAAAAAUUCUCUGAAUACCACAUACAGAUUGGACAGAAGGCAGAAGUCAGUGAUGAGAAACGGCACAGUAACAUCAUUCAUUCUGCUGGGACUGACCGAUGACCCUCAGCUGCAGGUUCUGAUUUUUAUCUUUCUCUUUCUCACCUACAUGUUGAGUGUAACUGGGAACCUGACCAUCAUCACCCUCACCUUUGUGGAUUCUCAUCUGAAAACACCUAUGUACUUUUUCUUAAAAAAUUUUUCCUUCUUAGAGAUCUCAUUUACCUCUGCUUGUAUUCCUAGAUAUUUGUAUAACAUAGCAACAGGUAACAAGGUCAUUACCUAUAAUGCCUGUGUCAUCCAAGUGUUUUUUACUGACCUCUGUGGAGUAACAGAAUUUUACCUCCUGGCUGCCAUGUCCUAUGACCGCUAUGUGGCCAUCUGCAAACCUUUGCAUUACAUGACCAUAAUGAGUAGCAGAGCCUGCAGGAUUCUCAUUAUCUGUUGUUGGAUGGCUGGUUUCUGUGUAAUAAUCCCACCACUAAGCCUGGGUUUAAAUCUGGAAUUUUGUGACUCUAACGUGCUUGACCAUUUUGCCUGUGAUGCAUUUCCCAUCAUGAAAAUCUCAUGCUCGGACACAUGGAUUAUAGAACAGGCAGUUAUCAUCUGUGCUGUGCUGACCCUAAAUAUGACUCUUACUUGUGUAGUUCUGUCAUACGGUAGUAUCAUCAGGACAAUAUUUAGAUUCUCCUCUGUCCAACAAAGGAAAAAGGCCUUUUCAACUUGUUCUUCCCACAUGAUUGUGGUUUCCAUCACCUAUGGCACGUGCUUUUUCAUCUAUAUGAAUCCAACAUCAAAGGAAGAAGUGACCAUUAAUAAAGUGGUUUCACUGCUCAUUUCUUCUAUUUCUCCUACAUUGAACCCAUUUAUUUAUACUCUGAGGAACAAUCAAGUUAAGAAAGUCUUCAGGAACUCGAUGAAAAGACUUGCAUUGCUCUCAAAUAAGUAA